AUGAAAAUAUUUAUCAUAUGCGGACUCUCUUUGCUCCUGAGGUCUGUUAAAGCCUUUGAAUGCCAUCCCGAGGCGUUCUCCAAGCACCUUCCAGCCAACGCAAGCAUCACAUUCGCUUACCCAGUCGAGUCGAACGGCACAUUCCACGUCCCCUCUAGUGAUAUUGGGUACCCAGAAUCCCCGACACAACUGAGACAGCUUUGCGCAGUGCAGGUCAAUGUCACCUCUAGUCCCACCUCUGCCUUCAGCUUCGGCCUAUUCUUGCCUUCUUCUUGGAAUCAUCGUUUCCUUACUGUAGGCAAUGGGGGCUUUACGGGAGGUAUCAACUGGAUCGAUAUGGCAGCCGGUGUAGGCUACGGUUUUGCAGCUAUGUCAACUGACACUGGCCAUAACAGUACAAGUGACGAUGGCUCCUGGGCCACCAACCCUGAGUCGGUUACUGACUGGGGUUGGCGUGCGAUGCAUGGAUCAAUUGUUGUUGCCAAACAAUUGACAAAAGCCUAUUACGGAACCAAGCCUCGGUUUAACUACUAUAGUGGCUGCUCCACCGGCGGGCGACAGGGACUCAAGGAGGCUGAGGAGUUUCCGGAUGAUUUUGACGGUGUCCUUGCUGGUGCCCCGGCGUGGUGGACCAACCGAUUGCAACUUUGGAACGGCAAAGUGGGAACUUAUAACGCUCCUGUCAAUUCAGCCCACCAUAUUCCUGAGUCCAUGUUCUCAGUCAUCGGCGAUGAGGUGCUCAGGCAGUGCGACCCACAAGAUGGAGUCGUUGACCGCAUUAUUCAGGACCCUUGGCGUUGCAACUUGAGGCUUGAGACCCUGCUUUGCAAUACUACAAACCGAGCAGCAGAUAGCUGUUUAUCUGGCGACCAACUUGAUACUCUCUACCUCAUUUACAAUGACUGGGUUGAGACAAAUCAGACAUUUAUCUUCCCGCAUCUGCUACACGGUAGCGAAGCGCAGUGGAGCGUCCUCGUCAAUAACGGUACCCCUGUUGCCCUUGGAACAAAUUACAUUCAAUACUUCUUGGGCCUGGGUAAAUCUGCAUCAGAAACGUUUGACUAUGAGAGCGUUUUGAUCUCCGAGCGAAUGAACCCUGGAAACGCAACGGCCGACAACUUUAAUCUCUCUCCUUUCCAAAGGAAGGGCGGUAAGCUCCUGCACUACCAUGGAUUAUCCGAUGGUCUUAUUGCACCAGGCAGUAGUAUUUAUUUCCAUGAUCAGGUGCUGCGAACACUGAUUCCGAGAGGUAUUGAUGUCAGCGACUUCUAUCGGUUUUUCUUGGUCCCCGGAAUGCAGCAUUGCCAAAGCACUCCCGCUAAUAUGGAGGCGCCAUGGUACUUUGCGGGUCCCAACCAAGCCGGUAGUAUUUCUACUAGCGCUCACAGUGUCCCCGGCUUCUGCGACUCCCGUCACGACGCACUGCUUUCUCUAAUGGCGUGGGUUGAGAAUGGCACUGCACCCAACGAGAUCAUCGCCACUAAAUGGCACAAUGAUACCCUCCAGGACAAAGUGUACCGACAACGUCCAAUUUGUAUUUACCCCAAUGAAGCUCAAUAUGAUGGCACCGGUGAUGUCAACAAGGCGGAAAGUUGGAAGUGCAAACCUCUAUUCUAG